UUGUCAAACUGAAUUGUGGACUGUGGUGUUUUAAUAAGCAUUUAGCGCGGUCGCCGGUGAUUAUUUUGAUAUCAUGCUUUUCUAUUCCUUUUUCAAGUCACUAGUUGGCAAAGACGUAGUUGUAGAGUUAAAAAAUGAUCUUAGCAUAUGUGGAACUCUACAUUCCGUCGACCAAUAUUUAAAUAUAAAAUUAUCUGAAAUAAGCGUCAUAGAUUCUGGAAAGUAUCCUCAUAUGUUAUCAGUGAAAAAUUGUUUUAUUCGUGGUUCUGUAGUUCGCUACGUACAAUUACCAGGCGAUGAAGUGGAUACUCAGCUCUUACAGGACGCGGCAAGGAAAGAAGCCACCGUAUCAACAAGAUAGAAACAACCUAAAAGUCUCAUUAAGUUUUGUAAAUAAUAAUUCUUAAGUAUUGUGUGUGGAUUAAACCUUCAUAUUUAUACA